GACAUUAUUUUUCUCAUGUGACUGUGACUCUGAGCAAUCUUGUUUAGUUGUUUUAUUUGCACAGAAAAGAGUAGCAUCUGGUUUGAGGUAAACGAAGAUGUGAGAGAGAAAUGGCGAUGGCCAUGGUUAUGACUCUGAAACCCAAACUCUGGAAAACAAAAACAAGUCCUCAUUGUCUUCGUCUUCGUCUUUGUUCCUGCACUCACCUUCUUCCAUUUUCCUCAUGGUCACACUUUCCCUACAAAGACCACGACCUUCUCUGCGAAAUCUCCGAAGCCAUCAACGAUUCCGAGACCAAACACGAGAAGGGUUACUCUGAGAACCCGAGACUUAAACGAAUCCUCCCUUCCCUCACGCCGCGCCACGUCAGCAAGCUCAUCACCCUCAACCCUCUCUGUCUCCCCCCCUCCUCGCUCCUCUCCUUCUUCAACCACCUCGCUUCUCGCCCUCCCUUUCGCCACACUCUCCAUUCCUACUGCACCAUGCUUCACUUCCUCUGCCUCCACAGAAUGCUCCCGCAAGCACACUCCCUUGUAUCUUUCCUCGUUUCACGAAAAGGAACAAACUCUGCUUCAACACUUUUCUCUUCCAUUCUCAGAACCAUGCCUCGUCAUCACCACCACCACCACUCCGUUGGCCUCGUCUUUGAUGCUUUAAUCUCUGCUUACGUUGAUUCCGGGUUUACACCCGACGCUGUUCAGUGUUUCAGGUUGGUUACGAAGAAUAAGUUCCCGGUCCCGAUUCGAGGUUGCGAGAAUCUGCUUCGUCGCGUGGUGAGGUUGAGACCCGUCGAGAUUGAACGCUCCUGGGCCUUGUAUUUGGAGGUUUUGGAUUCUGGGUACCCGCCAAAGAUUUAUUUUUUCAACGUUUUGAUGCAUGGGUUUUGUAAGGCUGGAGAUGUUGGGAAUGCGCGGUUGGUGUUCGAUGAAAUUCCCAAGAGGGGUUUGCGGCCAACGGUUGUUAGUUUCAAUACUUUGAUCAGUGGGUGCUGUAAAUCCGGGGAUGUGGAGGAGGGUUUUAGGUUGAAGGGUGUUAUGGAGAGUGAGGGGGUGUGUCCUGAUGUUUUCACUUUUAGUGCUUUGAUCAAUGGGCUGUGUAAGGAGGGUAGGUUGGAUGAGGGGAGCCUUUUGUUUGAUGAGAUGUGCGGGAGGGGAUUGGUUCCGAAUGGCGUUACCUUCACCACUUUGAUUGAUGGGCAGUGCAAAGGUGGGAAGGUUGAUUUGGCAUUGAAGAAUUUUCAGAUGAUGCUGGCUCAGGGUGUUAGGCCUGACUUGGUUACUUAUAAUGCAUUGAUCAAUGGUCUUUGUAAGGUUGGAGAUUUGAAGGAGGCUAGGCGGCUUGUGAACGAGAUGACUGCGAGCGGUUUGAAGCCUGACAAAAUCACUUUCACUACACUGAUAGACGGGUGCUGCAAGGAUGGGGAUAUGGAAUCGGCGUUGGAGAUCAAAAGGAGAAUGGUUGAGGAGGGGAUUGAACUUGAUGAUGUAGCUUUCACUGCUCUUAUCUCUGGGCUUUGUAGAGAAGGUAGAGUUCAUGAUGCUGGGAGAAUGUUGACAGAUAUGUUGAGUGCUGGUUUCAAACCAGAUGAUCCCACGUACACCAUGGUUAUUGAUUGCUUUUGUAAGAAGGGUGAUGUUAAGAUGGGGUUCAAGUUACUCAAGGAGAUGCAAAGCGAUGGACAUGUACCGGGAGUUGUCACGUAUAAUGCACUAAUGAAUGGACUGUGCAAGCAAGGUCAGAUGAAAAAUGCUAAAAUGCUGUUAGAUGCAAUGCUUAAUGUGGGGGUGGCUCCAAAUGAUAUUACAUAUAACAUUUUACUAGACGGUCAUAGCAAGCAUGGAAGCUCUGUUGAUGUUGACAUAUUUAAUUCUGAGAAAGGACUUGUUACAGAUUAUGCUUCAUAUACAGCACUUGUUAAUGAAUCAAGUAAAACUUCAAAAGAUCACCUAAAGAGAUGAUUGCUACUGAAGUCUUUUUAGCUGAACUGCCAUAAUUGUAGGACCUGGCUUACAGAUAUAAAAUAAAUCAAUAAAUCAAAAUAACUUGACUAUUGACUAUUAUGACUGAAUCAGUAUACGGCACAGGGAAGAUAGAAUAUGUUUUCAAUUUCAUUGUUGUAUAAUUCUUGAUUUCAUUGGUGGAUUGCUGAAAGUACUAUGCAAGAAGGUUGCAGGAGCUUCCAUCUGAAAUGUUUUUGAUAUUUGAGCCAGAAGGCUUCAUUUAUUGCAAUAACAACAUCAGAGUUGUUGGA